GCGGGUAGCGUCACCUCCGCACGGCCCGUCCGUCUCCAUAGCAACUGGAGCCCCCAGCCGCCACCGGCCUGCACCGACCGGGCUCUGUACUUCCCUCAUGCUUGUCUCCAUGGCGACUUACUUACGUGUUGGGCCUUUUCCGCAGUCCUGGGGGUUAUAUAGAUGGGGUCCCUGGCACUGCACUAAAACUGGGGCCCAUGUCUUAGGGGGAAGCCAAUAUAAAUGAAAGAUUUGUAACCUUCUGCUUUUUUAUGUUGUGGUACUACAAUUCCCAGCAUCCCCCAGUGGGUGGACAUCUCUGUUUUACUCACUGGUGUUCAAGAACAGUCACUGCACUUUAUACUUCUCCUCUUGCUACUCAUUGUCCUUCCCCUCUAAAGAGCCCAGUGAUUCUGGGGCCCAGACCAAUCCCUUCCUGUCCCUCCAAAAAUAUCUUCCCUUAAACCCUUGUUUCUAACCUGUCUGCUAUCUGUAUAUACAAGCACCCACAUUGGCACUGGCUACAUCUGAGCCUCCAGCCCCCACUAGGGUUGCCCACUUGUCCCUGGCCAGUGGAAUUUGAGCAAAUGGCAUAUAACAUAGGGCCAGAUUUAUUGCGUAGAUCCAUAUAUACCCAAUGUAUACUCAUCCUGCAGUGUUACCCUGCACUGCCUAUCUGUUUCCAUGCAAACCAUCACCUCUAUCCCUCAUCUCUUCUAAUAUAUACAACCUACAUAGGGUCCCUUCUACCUACAUAGGGUCCCUUCUGCACAACCCCCAAUAUUCAUGGUAGUCUAUGCUUCCAGCCCCCAAUUUCUAUUUAUCUGACUCACCUGCUUUUGUGUGAAGCUUGAAGACUGUGAAGCUUGAAGACUGCUGUACAUUGGUACCUAGAUUGUCCUUGUGCCUAUGGGCAGAUGCCAAUUAGCUACAUGAAGAGGGAAUGAAAUACCCCAGCACCAGAGCACUGGCAUGGACAGGAUGCCUACGUCAGACUCUGAACAUGAAUCUGUCUCCUACAUUUGACGAAAUCUGUGCAGUUUCUGCCCAACGGGACAGCAUGGCCACGCCUGAUGUUAGCGUGCAUGUGGAAGAGGUGGUAGUUGUGACUACGCCAGAUACCAUUAUGGAUGGCAGUGGUGUUGAGGAAGUUAAAGCUGUGCUGGUUACCACAAAUCGGAGCCUGCCAGAUGAUGCCCUUGAAUCAGAGAAUGUUGCUGCUGCAGCAGCUGCUGCUUUCCGUGCCUCUACAGAGCUGAAGGAGGCAGUGCUAGUAAAGAUGGAGGAGGAGGAAGAGGAGGGUCUGGAAACAGAAAUUGUGUAUCCUAUUACUUGUGGAGAAAGUAAAGCCAAUUUGAUCUGGAGGAAGUUUGUGUGUCCAGGGAUCAAUGUGAAGUGUGUGCAGUUCAAUGACAUUUUAAUGAGCCCCAAAGAGUUUGUCCAUCUGGCAGGGAAAUCGACACUGAAGGAUUGGAAAAGGGCAAUCCGAAUGAACGGUGUAAUGAUCAGGAAAAUAAUGGAUUCAGGGGAGCUGGACUUCUACCAGCACUCUAAGGUCUGUUCCAACACCUGCCGCAGCACCAAGAUCGACUUGACCGGGAACCGUGUGUCUCUCUGCAGUCAGACAUCGACGGAAUAUAUUCCCAUUAGCCAAGCUAUAGGAGAAAAUUUCACAGUGAAUGGAAAUCAAGCGACCAUUACUAUUGAAACAAGCGAGAGUUCUGGAGAAUGGACUGGCACAGUUGCAGACGAGUCACUGGUGUUCUGGCAGGGCCUGAAGGAUGCUGGGCUGCUGGAAGAGGUUAUCCAAGAGUUUCACCAAGAGGUGCUAGAAACCUUGAAAGGACUGAAACAGCGCCUUCAGAGCCCACCCAUCCAACUGCAAGAUGCCGUCUUGCUUAACAACAUUGUCCAGAAUUUUGGCAUGUUGGACCUGAUUAAGAAAGUGCUGGCUAGUCACAAGAGCCAGAUGGACCGGUCCAGGGAGCAGUAUACGAGGGAUUUGGCAGCACUAGAGCAGCAAUGUGAUGAGCACAGGAAGAGGGCCAAGGAACUCAAACACAAGUCUCAGCAUCUCAACAACGUUCUUAUGACUCUGACACCGGUCAGUGUGCCACCACCAGCCAAGAGACCGCGCCUGUCCCGUGCCACCUCGGGCCCAGCAGCCAUUAGUACACAGAAUCCUGCACAGCCCACCCAUAUAACUCUGCCACAGGGAAUAACCCUCUCUCAGCUGAGCAGCCUCCCAUUCAGCAAAGUAAUUUCCAGCAGCAUCCCUGUGUCUUCCUGUUCUUCUGCUCUCAGCAAGAACUCUUCCACUCCCUCCUUUCCCAUGCUGGGAGGUUACACCAUUGUCACACCUUCUGGCAGUAACUUCCCCAGCACACUGGAGAUUCACCCCGACUCUUCAAACCUCACGGUCCUGAGCACAGCAGCCAUGCAGGACAGCAAUACUGUCCUCAAGAUGGUGAGUCCCAUCCAGCUUCUCACACUGCAGGGCCUGGGGGCCAUACAGAAUCUAGCCCAGAUUGCUCCAGCAGGAAGCACUUUUGUGACCAUGCCCUGUGGUACUGGAGAAGGGGAGGAGGAACAUACCACCAUUGAGGUAACCUCGCUGACAGAAGAGGAACAGGAGCAGAAAUAGUGGCAGCUGGAGGUGCCGUGUGUCUCACAGCAUUGGGCUGCCCAGAGGUGCUAGACAGUUGGACAGGGAGGACAGCUCCUGAAUGAGGACAAUGCUGAACUAAAGAGGGAUAUUUCCAUCUGUGCUGAGGGACAGAGCUGCAGUGCAAUGCUAUGUAUGCUUCUUUGCUUGCAGCUUUAUCCUGCUGGACUGUGGUGCAGGUCAGUCUGAACAGGGUAACACAAACUGUUUUAUAGGACUCCUUGUACUAAGCCUUGGCUUGUACACCUAAGAGAAAACACAGUUGGAGUACCCAUUCGUUGGAACAUGCUGGGGCAGGGAGAGCUGGGAGCCAGGGAUGCAGUUAAAGUGCUCAAUAUAGCCUUCCCCAGAUCCCUGAGUUUUUGCAAGGGACUACAUCUCCCCUCACACUCAUGCAAAAUCAGCAUCCCACCCAUGUGAUGAAAAAGUAUCUUUCUGAGCAUUGAGCCACUUUACCUCCUGCUCCAGCAAGGCAGAUAUAUGCAGGAUAUUCUGGCCCAGAAUUGGACUAUAAGAACUGCCUAGGGCAGUGGCCUCUGUGUUCUGAUUCUGUUGCUGCUUCUGGAAGUUUAUGAUGGCCAUUUGGUGGGGGCUCAAGUUGGAAAGCAUUUAGAAGCUCAAUUAACAGCAGUAGUUUGCCCAUGAAGUGGUUGUCUUUUUCCACUUGAGGGCGCUGAGGAUCAAAUACAGCUUCUUUUUGAUACGGCUGCCUGCCUGAAAGAGGCCCCGACCAGCCCUUAUCCACAUGAGUACAUUAAAUGACACUGGCUGCCCUCACUGGGUGGGUUGCCUAGAGAGAGAUUUCCCUGCUCGACUUUAGCUCCCAGGGCAGCAUUUACAGUGGGCCGGACCCCAGGGCAGGUGGCAUACUGGGCUAUGGACUAGGAUUAUCUCUUGGACAUUACACUAGUAACUGUCCUUCCAUGCAAACAGCCCCCUGGAUGGGUCACAUGAUGAAUAAAACUGCUUAGCUCAUUGCUCUGCUCUCAGGAAGAGGAAGCUAGGCCUGUGGCAAUCUCAGAAGUUUAACUGCAACUCCUGCAUUUACGCUGUAGUUGAGCAACAUCUAGGGAGAUAUAUUCCUGGGUUAAAGGAAAAUGGUGAAGCCUUUAUUCUUCAAUGCAGGCUAAGUCACAGUGCCCGCUUGUGUUUAUUGGACUUGUUGUCUGAUUUUCUUAUUUACUUUCACUCUCUGCCUAAUAAAGAUUUAAAGGCUGUUUCUUA